AUGUCCACCACCAAUUCCGCCACAUGCUCGUCCGCCGCUGUCCCGUUUGCCGUUGUUCCCACUGCCCACCUCCAUGUCGUCGACAGCAACACCACGGGCGCCACCUUGUCUUCGUGGUUGACCUGGGACGCUCCGCACAACCUGCAUGCCCCACUCCUCGCGUACCUCCGCCAGCAGUACCCAGACAUGGACACCGACAUGCUGUACUUUGUCGCCAUCCGCCUCCUCAGCCGUGAGAUCCCGUACGGCUAUGAAGGAGAGUGGGCGCCGAUCGGGACGGUCCAGGGAGACGAGGCCGUCCUCACUUCUUCUACGCCCAGCGUCAACGGCUCCGGCUCCGGCUCCGGCUCCACUGCCACCCCGAGCUCCAACGGACACACGGGACACCCCCACUCGCGUAUUGAUCAACUCGUCGCCGUCGCCCGUCGCAGUUACACCCUCCUCGAGAUGAGCUGCCCGGCCCAGGUUGGCAAAUUGUAA